AUGUCAAUUGAACUUAAAUAUAACAAUUUGGGUGAAUCAGGAUUAAAAAUUGCCCCUAUUAUUGUGGGUUGUAUGAGUUAUGGAGACAAAAGAUGGGCUCAAUGGGUAUUAGAAGAUGAAGAGAAAAUUUUCCAAAUAUUGAAAAGAUGUUAUGAUGUUGGAUUAAGAACAUUUGAUACUGCAGAUGUUUAUUCUAAUGGGAAAUCUGAAGAAUUAAUUGGGAAAUUUAUUAAAAAAUUCAAUAUUCCUCGUGAUAGAAUUGUUAUUUUAUCCAAAGUUUUCUUCCCCGUUGAUCCUCAAACUCCUGGAUUUUCAUUGGCAACAAGAGAUAAUUUCCCAGUUUUAGAUUAUUAUAAUUCUCAAGGGUUAUCAAGAAAACAUGUUUUACAAGCUGUUCAAAAUUCAGUUGAAAGAUUAGGAACAUAUAUUGAUGUUUUACAAGUUCAUCGAUUGGAUAAAGAUACUCCGAAAAAAGAAAUUAUGAAAACAUUAAAUGAUGUUGUUGAUCAAGGAUUGGCAAGAUAUAUUGGUGCUUCAUCUAUGAAGGUGACUGAAUUUGCUCAACUACAAUUUAUUGCUGAACAAAAUCAUUGGCAUAAAUUCAUUAGUAUGCAAAAUUAUUAUAAUUUGAUUCAUAGAGAAGAAGAAAGAGAAAUGAUUCCAUUUUGUAAAGAUAAUUUCAUUAGCAAAGUUGGGAUAAUUCCUUGGUCACCUAUUGCAAGAGGGGUGUUAACUCGUCCAGUUGAUACCAGCUCUGAAAACUCAAGAGAUAAAUUAGAUAAAACUUUUAAGUUAUUACAUCUUGAUGAAUUGACUGAUGCUGAUAAAGAAAUCAUUUCUCGUGUUGAAAAAAUUGCCAAAGACAACAAAGUAAGCAUGGCUGUUGUCGCUACAGCUUGGGUUAUUAGUAAAGGAUGUAAUCCAAUUGUUGGACUUUCUUCUGUUGAACGUGUUGAUGAUAUUUUAAAAGCUACGGUUUUGAAGUUGACUGAAGAAGACAUUAAAUAUUUGGAAGAGCCUUAUGUUCCUAAACAGCCACUCAAUUGA